UCGAAUUUGUCGUUAGUAAACAAACCACGAAUUUUGAGAAAUUGUGCUAAAAUUCACUUUAAAACAUACAAAAUGGCAGUAGAAAUUAAAGACCAAUUGUACUUAAAAGCUGUAGAUGAGUUAGAUGCAUUUUGCAAACGCCUCGAUGAGAAAAUAGACAAAGAACAGCAGCAGCUCAAAGCAUGUAAGAAGAAAACUGAAUUUGAGACCAAAUUGGCUCAUGAAAUGAAGCUGAACAAAGACCUCACAGAUCGACUUGCAGAACUGUCUCGGCGUGGUAACGAGCUAGACAGAGUGUGUGCCUCGUUCGAAUCGUGCCUGACGAUAGCAGAUAGCGACAAAACUAGACUGGAUAAUGCUAAAGAAGCAUAUCAGCUAGCCAAAGAGCUGACUGGCAUCCGAUUGGACUUCAGUGCACCCUCACACAUCGCCAAGGGCUAUAUCAAAAGCGAGUACCACAAACAGCUGCAUCCAUUCGAGAUAGACAUGUCUACGGCUGACAGCAACGCGCUGUGGAAUCUACUCAACACAGUAGUUGGGAGCGAGCGGAUUCAUAACGAUGAGAAUCGGCCGAUCAACUAGUGUAAUGUUUGAGUUACUGUGAAAUCCAGUGAAUGAAACUUUAGUUUUAAGAAAUCAAUACAUUUGACUAGGCGCGGACCAUCGAUUUUUGCCGAUAGUUGUGCCCGAUUUAAAUUGUAUGAAGAAUCGACCAAAUCGAAUCGGUGUAAUGUGCGCACUUCCAUACAUGCCCAUACUGAUCAACUGCCCGACUAAACUAUCGGCCGACGAAAAAUCGAUGGUUAUGCUAGGCUUAUGCUUCAACCACACCAACGCAUGCACAUCGCCAUCGCCGCGCCGGCGCGAUCAUAGGUAAAUGACAGGUCGCGUGAACUGUCAUGGCUCGCGCGACCUGUCAUUGGCCUAUGAUCGCGCCGGCGAUAGUGAUCUGUGGGUCUAGACAAAGUGCAAAUUAUAAUCGCAAACCAGUCGAAAAGUGGUCGAAAAGCCCCUUUUUUGUAUGGAGUUUUGACGGAUUCGAUUUUCGAUUCGAUCAAAAAGUGCGUUUUGUCUAGGGGGGCUGCACGCGUUGGUGUGGUUGAAGCUUUAGAGAAAAAAUAGGGCUCCCUUUAAAUAAAUAAAUCUAAAAUUUAUGAAUUUUAACAAUUUACAAUGUAAAAUUUUGAUUCAAAAUUUUCAUUUGUAUGAUCUAAGUACUAAUAAAUAGUAUUAACUAAAGAA